AGAACGAUAGGCCACUUCGACUUCGACCGAAACCUCCCUGCUUCCUCGCUCCUCCUCCUCCUCUCUUUCUCCCCUAAGCAUUCCCUUUCAAGAAAAUGGGCAGGAAACCCUCCCUCCCCAUCGCAGCCCUUCUCCUCUUCCUCUCUCUGCCUUCACUCCAAGGUAUGCCCCGGCUCCAAUCUCCUUGGCUUGUGUUCCGAUCCCAUCGGUGGUUUCUUGGGUUCUUGAUUGAUCCCAUUGUGGUUUCUCCGCUUGCAGGUUACGCGGGCUUCACCUGCGACGCCACCGUGUUCCCGAAGGAGGCCGAGUACGACUACAUCAUCGUCGGCGGCGGCACUGCUGGCUGCCCCCUCGCCGCCACCCUCUCCGAAUCACACCGCGUCCUCGUCCUCGAGCGUGGGGGCGCCCCGGGCGAGUUCCCUUCCCUGGCGGGCCAAGAUGGGUUCCUCCGGACCCUGGUGGACACGGACGCCCGGGACUCGCCCGCCCAGCCCUUCACCUCCGACGAGGGCGUCCCCAACGCCCGCGGCCGCGUUCUCGGCGGCAGCAGCGCCAUCAACGCCGGAUUCUACAGCCGCGCCCAUCCGUCCUUCUUCGACGGCGGCGACGCCGGCGGCACGGUCGCCGCAUGGAACAUUGGCCUGGUGAACGAGUCGUUCGAGUGGGUCGAACGGGAGGUGGCCUUCCGCCCGGUGCUCCGGAGUUGGCAGGCGGCGGUCCGCGAUGGGCUGCUCGAGGCAGGCGCGACGCCCUACAACGGAUUCACCGUCGAGCACGUGGUGGGCACCAAGAUCGGCGCCGCCACCUUCGAUUCCCACGGCCGCCGCCACAGCGCCGCCGACCUCCUCAGGUUCGCCAACCCCACCAACAUAAAGGUGGCGAUCCGGGCCACCGUCCACCGGAUCUUGCUCAACCCAGUCUUGCCCGGUUCGAGCGGACGAUCGCGGCCCAAGGACCAGGUGAUGGCGGCCGGAGUGGUGUACCGCGACGGCAUGGGGCGCCACCACCGCGCGAAGACCCGCCCGGGAGGCGAGGUGAUCCUCUCGGCCGGAGCCCUCGGCAGCCCCCAGCUGCUGCUGCUCAGCGGCAUCGGGCCGCGGCCAUACCUGUCGGCGUGGGGCAUCCCGGUGGCCCUCCACCACCCGAGCGUGGGGCGGCACAUGUACGACAAUCCCCGUAAUAGUAUCUCCUUCAUUCCCGCCGUCCCCGUCGACAACUCCCUCAUCCAGGUCGUCGGGAUCCCGGGCGCCGACGCCUCCUUCGUCGAGGCCGUGUCGAACAUAGUCACCUUCCACUCCCCGGCCCCCUCCGUCUUCCUCCACCAGUCCGCUUCCCCUCUCUUCGUGACCGUCGCCACCCUCAUGGAGAAGGUCCCCGGCCCCGCGUCCGAGGGCUCCCUCCGGCUCGCCUCCCUCGACGCCAGGGACAACCCCCUGGUCCGAUUCAACUACUUCUCCAGGCCGGAGGACCUGGCGCGGUGCGUGGCCGGGGUGCGGCGGCUCGGGGACGUCCUCUACGGUAGGUCGAUGAAGGAGUUCCGGGCGGGAGCCACAGGGUUGCGGGGAGGGAGGGCGGGGCGGAGGGACACCCGGUUCGUGGGCCCAGCGCUUCCGGCCAACAUGUCGGACGACGCUGCGGUGGCGGCGUUCUGUAGGAGGACGGUGUCGACGCUCUGGCACUACCACGGCGGGUGCGCGUCGGGGAAGGUGGUGGACGGGGACUUCCGGGUGAUGGGGGCGGCGGCUCUCCGGGUGGUGGAUGGCUCGACCUUCAGGGUCUCGCCGGGGACCAAUCCCCAAGCCACCGUGAUGAUGAUGGGCAGGUACGUGGGGCUGAAGAUGUUGCAGGAGAGGGAGGAAUAGGUGGCCGAAUGCAUGAAGAGACGCAGUGAGAAAUGGUACGAAGUCAUCAUCCAUCUGCAAACUGUGCUUGUCCUGUGUUCUGCAUGCUUUUUACCCACACAAUACCUGUAUAAUUUGCAGGGAUGUAUCACUUUUGUUUCUUCC